AUUGCGUGCUUCUUCUUCUAGUUUAGCAAAUUCAUUCAUAAAUAAAAGGAAAUGACUAAAAAGGGCAGAAAAAUUGGAUUAGAAGCAAAUCUGGAAGGAUCCUGAGCUUUCUUCACACUCAAACUCAAUCCCACCACGCCUAAACCCUCGUAGAACUCUCUAGAACGCCUCCCGCUUAUUAAGCUCCCCCUUUCUCACUCCUCUGCAAUUCCAUUUCCACACUCUCAUCUGCUACUACUACCUUUUCCGAUUCUCAUCAGCUCGAAUUUAUGGAGGACGAUUUCGAUAUGCCGCCGCCGGAAGGAAUGGAGGAAGACAUGGAUCUGCCGGAUGCUAGCUCCUACAUGAAGGUCGGAGAGGAGAAGGAGAUCGACCCGCAGGGUUUGAAGAAGAAGCUCGUCAAGGAAGGCGAAGGCUGGGAUACGCCUGACAGCGGCGACGAAGUUCAAGUACAUUAUACUGGAACGUUGCUGGACGGCACGAAGUUUGAUUCUAGUCGCGAUAGGGGAGAGCCUUUCACCUUCACUCUCGGCCAAGGGCAAGUGAUUAAGGGAUGGGACCUUGGUAUUAAGACGAUGAAGAAGGGUGAGAAUGCCAUCUUCACAAUACCUGCAGAGUUGGCGUAUGGUGAAUCUGGCUCUCCUCCGACCAUCCCGCCAAAUGCUACUUUGCAGUUUGACGUUGAACUACUAUCCUGGGUCAGUGUCAAGGACAUUUGCAAGGAUGGUGGCAUAUUCAAGAAGAUUCUCAAAGAGGGAGAAAAAUGGGAGAACCCUAAGGAUCCUGAUGAUGUGCUUGUCAAUUAUGUGGCGAAGUUGGAGGAUGGAACUGUUAUAACUAAAGCAGAUGGUGUUGAAUUCACUGUUGAAGAAGGCCAUUUCUGUCCUGCUCUUGCCAAGGCUGUGAAGACGAUGAAGAAAGGCGAAAAAGUUCUUCUUACUGUCAAGCCACAAUAUGGGUUUGGUGAGAAAGGAAAGCCGGCCUCUGGUGAUGAGGGAGCCGUUCCACCCAACGCCACCUUGAAUAUUGAACUGGAACUGGUUUCCUGGAAGACAGUAUCCAAUGUCACAGAUGACAAGAAAGUGAUAAAGAAGAUACUGAAAGAAGGGGAAGGAUACGAGCGUCCAAAUGAGGGAGCAAUAGUUAGAUUGAAAUUGGUGGGAAAGCUUCAGGAUGGAACUGUUUUUCUUAAUAAGGGUCAUGGUGAUAAUGAAGAUGACCUUUUCGAAUUCAAAACAGAUGAAGAGCAAGUUAUUGAGGGGUUGGACAGGGCUGUGACAACAAUGAAGAAGGGAGAGGUGGCGCUGUUGACUAUUGCACCUGAGUAUGGGUUCGGUUCAACAGAGUCGAAGCAAGAAUUGGCCACGGUCCCUCCGAACUCAACUUUAUGCUACGAAAUUGAGCUUGUAUCCUUUGACAAGGAGAAGGAAUCUUGGGAUAUGAACACUGCAGAAAAAAUUGAAGCUGCUGGUAAAAAGAAGGAAGAAGGAAACACAUUGUUCAAGGCUGGGAAAUAUGCCAGAGCCUCUAAGAGAUACGAGAAGGCUGCCAAGUUUAUUGAAUACGACACUUCUUUCACCGAAGAGGAGAAGAAGCAGUCCAAAGCCCUGAAAAUUUCAUGCAAGUUGAACAAUGCAGCUUGUAAGCUGAAAUCGAAAGAGUAUAAGGAAGCAGAGAAGCUCUGCACCAAGGUAUUGGAACUCGAGAGCUCGAAUGUGAAAGCAUUAUACAGAAGAGCCCAAGCUUACAUGAACUUGGCCGACUUGGAUCUGGCUGAGAUCGAUAUCAAAAAGGCUCUUGAAAUAGACCCAGCCAACAGGGACGUGAAGCUCGAAUACAAAGUUCUCAAGGAGAAAAUAAAGGAAUACAACAAGAAAGAUGCCAAAUUCUACGGCAACAUGUUCUCAAAGCUGACCAAGCUGCAGCCAUUCGACACCAAUAAUACGGCCACGAAGGAGGCUAACGAGCCCAUGAGCAUCGACAGCAAGGCUUAAGCUUUUUAUCGCCAAUUUUAUUGACCCUUUACCCUUUGGAGAGACGUCUCUUCUCUUUUUACCCGUAAUUUUUUUUCUUUGUAAAAGGAGUGGUAUUGUGUUUUCUCAACUUUUCACAGAUUUGUUACUUGUUUUCGUCUGAAUUUCAGGCUUUGUCUUUUCUCGA